AUGAGAAAUAAAUUACACAGCAAGAGACUCACCUCCCUCUGUCUGUCAGUGUUCUCGGAUGCCCCGAAGGCUCACAUGCUGCUCCGCUCUCGCCGGGCCAACUCCUUCCUGGAGGAGCUGAAACCACCUUCGAUGGAGCGCGAAUGUGUGGAGGAAAGAUGUAACUUUGAAGAAGCCCGAGAGAUUUUCCUAACCAGGGAAGCGACACUGGAGUUCUGGACGGCGUACAUCGAUGGGAACCAGUGUAACGCCAACAUGUGUGUUCACGGAGCCUGUGUGGAUCAGCGCCAAGACUACACCUGCCGCUGUAACCAAGGAUACGAAGGCAAAUACUGCGACCAGCCUCAAACGGCCACUAACUGCUCGCUGGAUAACGGCGGCUGUGACCACGAGUGUUCGGACAGCGAGGACGGCCUGACGAGGACCUGCACCUGCGUGAGCGGAUACAAACUGCUCGACGACUCCAAGAAAUGUGCCCCGAAAGGUCAAUCGUCCUGUGGACAGCUGCUGAUCGACAAGUCAACAUAUUCCAAACAGAAGGAAGGCCUGCUGCCCUGGGUGAUGGGAGGGGAGGUUGGGAAUAAGGGCGAGAAUCCCUGGCAGGUGCUGUUACUGAACGCCAGAGGGAAGUUCCACUGCGGAGGUGUCCUCAUCGAUGAAAGCUGGGUGCUGACCGCCGCUCACUGCCUCGAAAACAACCUCUGGUUCAGAGUACGACUGGGCGACUACCUGCGUUUCAAAGACGAAGGCACCGAGGUGACCUUGAAGGUGGAGAAGGCCUUCAAACACCCAAACUACGACAGCGAGAGGGUGGACAACGACAUUGCCCUGCUGCGCCUGAAGACGCCCGCCCCCCUGUCCAAGUACAUUGUCCCCGUCUGUCUGCCGGGACGCCAGAUGGCGGAGCGGGUGCUCCACCUGAACGGCACGCUCACCGUGGUGUCCGGCUGGGGCAAAGACGACCCUAACCGCACUGAAAUGAGCUCGGUGCUCAACAUCAUCAAAAUCCCGCUGGUGGACCACAGCCUCUGCGCCCGCCAGAUGUCCAACAACAUCUCCGACAACGUCCUCUGCGCCGGGGUGCUGGGAAAGAAGAUGGACGCCUGCGAGGGGGACAGCGGCGGACCGAUGGUCACUCUGUACCGGGACACGUGGUUCCUGCUCGGCCUGGUGUCCUGGGGCGAGGGCUGCGGCCGUCUGGACAAGCUGGGCGUCUACACCAAGGUGUCCAACUACAACGAGUGGAUCACCAAAGUUCGUGAAGAAUGGGACAAAACUCCACACCCACAGGAACCCCUGCAUGUCAGAACCGCCUCGACCCACAGCGGUCGAUCCCGACUGGUAGGGAUGUAACACGCUUUAUGAAUAAAAUGAUUCUGUCUCAA